AUCCGUGCAUCUCCUUGCUGCAGUUGCCCCAUCCGCGGGGACAGCUGAGUCCCGCAUCCCUAGUUUUAGCGACCACAACCCGAGUGGCCAAGUGACAAGCAAGCAGGCUGUGCAGGAGAGCGCCGGUUCCGGCCCCGCCCCCACGCGCCGCGAGGGAGGAGCCGGCGCGCGGAAUCUGGCGCGCGGAGUCCGAGCUGGGAGCCCGUGCCCUGCGGCCGGAGGCCGGCGGAGAUGAAGAUCUGGAGCUCGGAGCACGUGUUCGGCCACCCAUGGGACACCGUCAUCAAAGCUGCCAUGAGGAAGUACCCAAACCCAAUGAACCCCUGCGUCGUGGGAGUUGAUGUGCUGGAGCGCAGUGUGGACGGCCGGGGCCGGCUUCACAGCCACCGCCUCCUCAGCACCGAGUGGGGGUUGCCCAGCUUCGUGAAAGCGAUUUUGGGAACCAGUAGGACUUUGACAUACAUCAAAGAACAUUCUGUUGUGGAUCCAGUAGAAAAGAAAAUGGAACUUUGUUCCACCAAUAUCACACUCACAAACUUGGUGUCCGUGAACGAGAGGCUGGUAUACACACCCCAUCCGGAGGACCCUGAAAUGACUGUGCUCACACAGGAAGCCAUCAUCACGGUGAAGGGGAUCAGCCUCGGCAGCUACCUGGAAAGUCUGAUGGCCAACACGAUAUCAUCCAAUGCAAAGAAGAUGCAUCACUCAAAAAAUCAAAGAAGUAAGAAAGAACAAAAGGAAAAAAAAGGAAGAAAGAAGGAAAGGAAAAAAGAAGGAAGAGGUAAGCGAGCCUUGAAUAUGGUUCGCCCAGUCUGGGAGAGGUGUGGAAGCUUCUGGAAUCUGCCACAUCCCUGGUCACAGCCUCCACCGGGCUCUUCGGCCGCGACGUCUCAAGACAGGAGGCCCGUCUGUUGCAGAGUGAGACCCAGAGAAGAGAAGACCCCUAAAGCAGGAGGAGGGCAAGGGCUGCAAAGCUGCCACUCUGCCAUUGCCCAUGGCCCUGCCGCCCCUGGGCUGGUGUUGUCAGACUGCUCUUGUGCCUUGUCUGUCCGCCCCUCGGUAGCAGUUCCUGGCAACUCUCCGCCGACUCGGGAUCUUAGCAAACCACUUUUUUCCCAACAACUCUCUGUAUUCCACUCAUGCCCCUUGAUCACCUGUCUGCACCGCCAGCCUCUUCACAUGUAUCUGGGCUCCGUCUGUCACUUCAGAUGCUGCUGCGGUGCAUCCUUCUCACUGCUGUUAGUGCCGUGGGGGAGUAGGGGUGUCCGCCCCCACAGUGGCAUGGCUGGGGACAAUACCGUGAGCUCUCCUGUCACACGGUUGGAAUUGGUCAGGGCAGCCAAGGUCUGUGCCCCGUGCUGCAGCUGGCUUGUCCUGCACUCUGGGACCAGAGACCCCCAGGGGCCGAAGGCCUGUGUUACUUGUCACCAUUCCGACCUCUCUGUGGGGACACUCACUCAAACAGAGCCGCUGUGAUGAGGUCGUAAAAGUGCUUAUGAGCGUGAGCUCUUGCUUUAGGGCACUUCCAGGUGGGGGUUUUAACUAUUUGAGGUGCAAAAGUCAAAUGUAAAAUCUUUCAGUAGGCUUUGAUUUUAAAAACUUGAGAGAAGGCCUUCUCCAUAAACAAUGAGUAGAACGGUGUUUUACUGUUUUUCUAGGUAGUGCUUUUUGUUUGAUAAGACUACUUCUAAUCCAAAAGGAAAUGACAUAUGCAUUUAUGCAUAAAGCUUAUAGGAAAACAGAGUUAAAAGAUUUAUGCUAAAACCACUCCCCUGCCCCUUCUGCAAAGCAUGUUUCUACCCUCCCGAGGAAACACUCCACUCUUUUGGCAGUUUUUGGCGUUUACUGCUAGAUUUCUAAAUAAAUAAGCAUACCCUGCUAUUUCUUGCCACAUUUAGAUAUUAUUGAGAUAUUAUUUUACCUGUUUGGUAGAUUAUUAUUUUCUCUCUCAUAUCUUUCUCUCCUCUCCCACUGCCCCCCAAAAGCUGUAUCGUUUAUGGUUGAAAGCACAUUCAGAGUUUCUAUAAUUUUGAAAAUACAAAUGCCUAACUGUUGUUUAUUACCAAGCCAUAAUUGUAUUUUCCUUCUUACACAAUUUCCCCCCACCUUGGGGAUAAUAAUUCUUUUCAUCUGUUUAAUUUUGUUAAAACUCACUGGCUGAGUCCUUCCAUUCUCUUACCCACUUUUGGUGGUACGUCAUAAUGUCAUUUCCGCAGGGCAGUCUUUUUGGGCAGCACUCCCAUUCCCGGGUCCCUGGUGCCAUCCUUUCUGGAAGCCCAGCCUCGCUCUCUGACCAAACAGCCACGUGGCUGUCAUCCCCUCCUGCGCAUUUCCUUGGCCUUCUCUCCUGGAGCUCUUGUUUCCCUGCUUCCCUUCCAUCCUCUUUCUCUUUCCUGUCACAAGAUGGAGAAGGACAUCUCUUUGUGACUUCUAAGACUUGGCACAACUGAAAAUAUUUAUUCUGUUCUCAUACUUUGUUCACAGCAUCACUGGACACACAGUUCUUUAAAAAAAAUGCUUUUCAUUCAGGAUUUUGAAGGCAUUGUUCUGUUGUCUUCUACUCAGAUUACCAGCUUCUGUAUGUGAAUUAUUUUUGAAAGCUUUUGGGUUUUUUAUUCUUGUUGUGAGCUUUCAUGUAGUUAAGCAUUAUUUUAAUUGAUUUUUUAUUUUUACUUUUAAUUUUUUAAUGUUUAUUUUAUUUUUGAGAGGGACAGAG